GCGCUUCCUCCCCUCACGCUCCCCAGGGACUCGCAGGUGCCGCUCCCCCUCCAGGCCCGAGCUGGCGGGGCCAGACCCCUGACCUCUCUGGAACUGUCCCCAGGACCCUGGUGUUUUCUGUGUCCUGAGUUGCAGCCCCAGCCAGCAUCUGGCCUGGGCAGGGGGCUGCCCUUGGUGGGCUGGGGGGCCAGCAGGAGCUUCACCUGACAGCGGCAGGGAGGGCGACCUGCAUGCCGAGCGCCGCCUCUGCGCCAUGGACGGCGUCCAGGCCAGUCUGGAGCCCGCGGCCGCGGGUCCCAGCAUCCCCGGCCCGAGCGUGAUCGCGCCGCUCCGCGCCGUGGUCCGCCUGCGUCGCCGCGUGUGCCUCCUGCGCAAGCGGCGCCUCCUGCCGCCGGGCGCAGGGCCGGCCUCCGGGGCUGGAGCCGCCAGAGCCGGCUGCAGCUCAGGGGCGCCGCGCGCCGACCGGGACCGGCCGCAGUUCUUCACCUUCGACGGCCCGGCGGAGCUGCCGUCCAGGACGCCGCGCAAGAGGCGCCGGCGCAGCCGCGUGGUGCUCUACCCGGAGCCCUCGCGCAAGUGCCGGCCUCACGCCGAGCGCCGGAGCCGCGCGCAGCGCUGCCUGGUGUUGCUGGUGGCCGUCGUGGGCUUCCAGGUGCUCAACGCCAUCGAGAACCUGGACGAUAACGCGCAGCGCUACGACCUCGACGGGCUGGAGAAGGCGCUGCAGCGCGCCGUGUUCGGGCAGCCGGCCGCCGUGGGGCGCAUCGUGGCGCUGCUGCGGGACUACUUGGCCACGCACGUGCACAGCCGCCCGCUGCUUCUGGCGCUGCACGGGCCCAGCGGCGUGGGCAAGAGCCACGUGGGCCGCCUGCUGGCGCGCCACUUCCGCGCGGUCCUCGAGGACGGCGCGCUGGUGCUGCAGUACCACGCGCGGCACCACUGCCCCGAGCCGCGGGCGGCGCAGGCCUGCCGCGAGCAGCUGGCCGGGCUGGUGGCCGACGUGGUGGCGCGGGCCGAGGUGGAGGAGAAGACCCCGCUAGUGGUGCUGGACGAGGCCGAGAUGCUGCCGCGGGCGCUGCUGGACGAGCUGCGGAGCCUCCUGCAGCCGCAGCGGGCCCACCCCUUCCACAACGCGGUUUACGUGCUCCUCAGCAGCGCGGGCGGCGCGGACAUCACGCGCUUCGUGCUGCGCAACGCGUCGGCUGCGCGGCCCCGGCGCCCCGACGGGGACCCGGACGGGGCGGCCGCGCUGCGCGCCGAGGAGGAGCUGCGCGCCGGCCUGCGGGCGCUCCUGGUCCGCGAGCACCCGCUGUGGCAGGCCGCGGCCAUCGUGCCCUUCCUGCUGCUGGACAAGCAGGACGUGGUCAGCUGCUUCCGCGAGGAGAUGGCCGCGGAGGGCUUCUUCCCGGAGCAGGCCCGCGCCGAGCUCCUGGCGGCGCAGCUCAGCUACUACCGCGUCGCUGGCCGUGAGUUCGCCGUCACCGGCUGCAAGCAGGUGGUGGCCAAGGUCAAUCUCUUGUAGCACAGCCUUAGCGGGACAUGGCGGUCGCCGGUGGGCCGGCGGGACUCUUGGGUUGGGGGCGGCAGUAGGAGGGAGGGGACCCUGCGGAUUUGCCUGAGGCCUCUAAUAAAUCUGUCUCCAGCCCCCACUGCCCGCCCCCAGCCGUUUUCACCCUGGGACCUAGGGGGGCUGGCGGGGCUGGGUCAGUUCUGUGCCGGCCACUUCCAAUAACAGUUCCCCCUGAGCCCACAAUGUGUCACCUCCUGGUUCUUAAUUCAGUCCCCGUUUCUGAGCACCUGCCCUGUGCCCCUCGCAGCAGGCAUCCCGGCAGGCCGGCAUCCCAUCUCCUUGCUCCAGAGGAGGGAUGGCCUCGGAGAAAGUGCGUGGCUCCCAGGGAGGGUCACGUAGCUGGUCCCCUGCAGCUGGACGUGACUUCAGCUCUGUGGGAGGCCUGCAGCAGCCGUCACACACUCUCGUACACACUCCCGUCCAGCCCUUGCACACCUGCUCACCCUGUGGGCCCCGAAGUCCUGGAUGCUCCUCACGAUGCCGCCCUGCGUUCGUCCCGGAUUCCAGGGCCCAGGAGCUGCUGGGAAGACGGGAUGUGUGGGGGUUUCCUCGCGAGGAGCGCGCCCAGUGGAAUCCGCACGACGCUCUGGACGGCGGGGAGAACUCUCUCUGGGUGACAGGGGCGCUGAGUUCUCGGCCCCCCUGCCCCGUCACCACCUUGCUCCGGGACGCUGAGCUGGGACGGGCCUUAGGGUAGAGAUCGCGUAGGCCCACCGCAGAGGUUUCAGGUUUUCAGGCGCUGCGGGCUCCU